UAAUGAUUUUGAGCACUGGUGAUUUUUGAGUAGCGCAGUUGAAUUUGUAGUCGGGCAUAAAUUCUGUUUUUUUUGGUUUCUCGUGUGGGAAGAGUUAUUAUUAUGUCUAGGGGAAGCAGCGCUGGUUUCGACCACCACAUUACGAUCUUUUCACCUGAAGGAAGACUUUACCAGGUCGAAUAUGCGUUCAAGGCCAUUAACCAGUCUGGGCUAACAUCUGUUGGAAUACGAGGCGAUGAUUGUGCUGUUCUUGUGACACAAAGGAAGGUUCCUGACAAAUUACUGGAUGUGAACAGUGUGACUCAUAUGUAUAAGAUAACGCCGAACAUUGGAUGCGUGAUGACAGGAUUGACUGCUGAUGGCCGAUCACAAGUUGAACGUGGACGUCAAGAAGCAAUCAACUGGAAAUAUCGUUAUGGUUAUGAAAUUCCAGUUGAUGCUUUAUGCAAGAGAAUUGCAGAUGUUUCACAAGUCUACACACAGAAUGCAGAAAUGCGUCCAUUGGGAUGUUCAAUGAUGAUCAUUGGAUGGGAUGAAGAAUAUGAAAAACCCAUGCUGUACAAAUCUGACCCAGCAGGAUAUUAUUGUGGGUUCAGAGCCACCAGUGCUGGCGUGAAGCAAACCGAAGCUAACACGUUUUUAGAAAAAAAGAUGAAGAAAAAGAAGAAUACAGCAUGGGACCUAGAUCAUAUUGUUGAAGUUGCAUUAUCCUGCCUUUCAUCUGUUUUGUCUGCUGAUUUCAAAUCUUCUGAAGUAGAAAUAGCUGUUGUAUCGAAAGACCAACCUAGAUUCAGAGUUCUUGAUAAUGAUGAAGUGGAUACCUACCUUACUACACUGGCAGAAAAGGACUGAUGAAUACAUAAUUUGUGAAAAUGAUGUAUUUGAAAACUGCAAGAGUUCAAAAAAAUGCUCAAUUGUGUUAUCAUCGAGCCUGUAUAUUGAAUUUCAUAUUAAAACUACCAGUCGUUGGAAUAAAUGCUAUUUCAUAGUCAA